AUGGAGGUGGUGUUCCCCUCCACAGAUGUCACCACUUGCUCCUACUCCGACGCCUCCACUCCCACCUGCGAGACGAAGCUGCUGGUGCAGUGGAUCAUCUACGGGGGAGGCUCCAACCUGGCCCUCUCCGUCCAACUCGACAAUGGGGUCAACUUCACGGACCAGUACGGGAGGCCGUGGGGCGCCGCCCAGCCCAUCAACAUCCAGCUCUCCCUCCUCAACUCUCGGAUCGAGUACGGGAUGACGUACAAGGGCAUGUACCGCAACGCCUACGAGAAGCGAGUGCCCACGCAGUCGGCGGCCAACCAGUGCCCGACCAACCACAAGUGUUGCAGCGACGUGAGCUACUUCCCGUGGUUGGGCUACGACGCGUCGCUGGCCUUCAACAGCACCACGUGGUACGGCUACGCCCUGGGCUUCGGCGUGUGGAAGUACGACGUGCAGGUCGCCCUCUCCCAGGGCACGCUCUACCAGGGCCUUUUCCUCAAUUCGGUCUCACCGAGCGCCUCCUUGAGCGGCAUUUCGGUAACGCUGCACUCGCCGCAGGUGAACCAGAACAAGUUGACGAACUACAACUACUACACCUACAUGCUCCCAUCCACCAAUGCCUCCCUACCAGGAUCGGGAUUCCUGGUGCCGGACGGGAACAUCGGGAUCCUGUCCAACCAAAUCGGGGUCCUCACAGACCAAUGGCUGGGCGCCUACCAAUGCAAUCAGGCGUUGGGCCUCAAGACCAUGGUCCAGACUGCAAAUCCGUAUGACCAGUUUGCUGCGUUCCGAUCGUCGUCGCUCGAAGCAGAAAACCCGACGUCGGGCUGCCUCCUCCGAUCCAAUGCCUCCAACGCCAACCCGUUCUCAACAUCACCACUUCUUCAGACGUUCGCGUGUCCGGAUGUGGGUUCGAUGCGCGUCCAAAUGGAGAUCUCGUCGGCCUCCUACAAGCUGCAGGCGCUCUACGGCGUGCCGCUGAUCACCGGCUCUGGAAUGUAUGCGCUCAGCCCUACCGACGCCUACGCCACCAUCUACCUCGACUGCAGCAACAGCGGCACCUACGACGGCGUGUUCACCUUCCAGCCCGUCAACUGCUGCAUCACGCGCUGGCCGUCCACCACCUGCAGCGGCGUGACAUUCCAGAGCGCGUCGACCGUGACGGUGCCGCCGUCGGGCGCGGCGCGGGUGACCUUUAUCGUCGACAGUCACCACGUGCUGGGCGCCAACGGGACGUGCGCGUUCGACGUCCUGCAGCACGCCCGCGUCGAGCAGCGCGUGACCGCCACCUUCGACACCUCCCUCACCGACUACCUCUCUGGCGGCGUGCCCAUCACCGGCGAGGCGCCAGAUUGCUUCGACCCCUACAUCAUCGUACAGAAGGGCAGCACGCGCUACUGUGUGCCCCCGUGCACACAAGACCAGGACUGGGACGCUUCCAUGUCGGUGUGCCGCGGGGUCGACUGCUCGCUCAAGUACCUGGGCGCGCGCAACUGGUACAACCUCACCGCGGGCCUGUGCCAAGCGGCCGCCACCUGCACCAGCGCACAGACGUACGUGUCGAGCAACAACUCGUGUGUUAACAAGACCGCAACGAUUGAGGCCACCAACUGCACUUCGGCGGCGUGCUCGCUCGACACCACCCUCUUCACUCCCGUCACGCUCACGAUCGACUGCGGGGAGCACGGCACCUACGCCAAUCACUCAUGCAACUGCACCGAGGGCUACACCACCGUGUUCGGCGACCGGGUGACGAAUUCGUCGGGGCUGGGGUGGUGCACGACCCUGGUCGUCGCGAGCAGCUCGAGCUCCGUCGCCUCGUCGCUGAUGGUGGCGGUCGUGGCCCUGGGCCUGGGCCUCGGCCUGUGCUGCUGCGGCUUCGCGGUGUCUACCGGCGGCCUCCUCUACCUCCAGGCGCGAGCCCGGAAGCGCUGGGCCAGGGAGCGGCUGGAGCAUCACCACGCGGCGCAGGCGAGGGAGCAGCAGCUGCUCACCCUCCAGCUGACGGCCAUGAACCAGUGGCCACGCGCCCAGCCGCCGCCGACGCCCGCGGACCUCAACGGGCCUCCCCUCCCCGGCAGCCAACGCUUCGGCGACCACCGCGACGACAGCGACAAGAACGGCAACGAGGCCGACCACCAAAACAACGACGACGAGGAAGAAGCGCAGCAGGCGGCGGGCGACGACGGGUGGCACAACUACUACAACACUGGCUUUGAGGGCGGCGGCGGCCGCGUCCGGAGCGCCGCGGGCGCCACCACCCGCUACACGGUGCGCGUCGUGUCCGGCACCCUGCCCGUCUGGCAGCAGCGCCUCCAACAGCAGCAACAGCUGAAGGAAAAGGAAAAGGAAGAGAAGGAGGAGAAGGAGAAGAAGGAGGGGUCGUCGGCAGAAGCGCCGCAGGAGCGCGGGUGGCGGAGGGGCCGGCGGCGGAGGGGCGUGAACGAGAUGGCGACGCUGCUCGGGGAGCACCUCAACUUCCUGUGGGCCAACCUGGCCGGCUUCACCCGCUCGCCCUCGGCCACGGCCGCCCCGACGCCCGACCACCAUGGCCACGACCACGACGGCAAAGCCGAUGAUCAGGCCGAUGGCGACGAUCGCGCCGAUGCCGAUGCCGAUGGCGCUGCCGAUGGCGAUGAAGGCGACCGACCACUGCCGGCUAUACCCACCACGACGACGGACCGCAAUGAAGACAAUGACGAAGAGGAGCAGGUGGAGGUGAUGGAGGCGGAAAUGGUGGUGGACGAGGUGGUGAUGUCGCCGGCGGAGCUGCUGCGCACGCUCAAAGCGCGACAGCCGCGCGAGGAUGAGGAGGUAGAGCACGGGGACGGCCGGGGAGCAAAGAGGAGGAAGAGCGGGAUAAAGAAAACGAAGACGACAGCAAAGAAGAGGGGCGAAAACAGCGCGCCUCCCAAUGGACUGCUGGCCCUCGUGAGCGGCUACCAAUAG